AUGUCAGCACCACAGCAACCUGCCCCAGCAGCCGGAGCGGCAACCGGAGUAGCAGUUACGACUUCAAAUGCAUUACAUAUCACACCGUUUAUCCCGGGGGAGACGUCUUGGGCUCGUUGGUUGAACAGAUUCGAGGGCGCUUUAAAAAUUAUGAAAAUCGAAAAUUCAGAUAAACUAGUGUAUCUGCUCCAUUUCGUCGGCGAUACAGCUUAUAAUGCUUUGUGUGAUACUUUUGGUGAAACGCAAGUCGAUCAGAAGUCCUACGCCGAACUUGCGGCUAAGUUAAAAGAAUUGUACGCACCUCCGGUGUUAGAAAUCGCCGAAAACUUCAAAUUUAAUUCGCGCAAACAGCUACCUGGUGAAAGUAUUCAAGAAUUUGCAACGGCUUUGACAAAAAUGAGCGCCAACUGUGGAUUCGGCGAUCACACAUCAAAAGCCUUACGUAACCAGUUUGUGUUUGGCCUUGCUACGCCCCGUAUACAAAGCAGGCUUAUAGAAACCAAAGAUCUCACUUUCGAAUCAGCCCUCUCUACGGCUCUUACAAUGGAUACUUGCGAUCGUGAAACUUCUUGUAUACGUGACAGUGCGUCCGCCGUUAAUUACCUAAAUGCUCAAAAGAAGAGAUCUGACGCAUCGAAAAAGAAAAUUGCAAACUCUGCUCCAAAACAGCAAGUUCCUCCGGUGGAUUUCACUAAGCCCUACUGUUUCAGGUGUGGAAAUCCAAACCACAAAGCCUCCACUUGCAGACUACCCACGUCUACAGUUUACCUUUCUUGCCAGAAACCUGGACAUCUAUCCAGAGUUUGCAAAUCUAAGUUUAAUCAAGUACACCAAGUUGAAGAUACCGAGUACACUGAUGAGGAUUACUACGGCGUGGAGAUCGUGGACAUUCAAAUAGUGGAUUCUGAGGACGUCAACUGCCUGGCUCUCCGUGAAAAGUUCAUCAAGCAAUUCAUCGUCAAUAACCAGAAGGUCGAGUUCGAGUUAGACAGCGGUGCAGCGGUCUCACUGAUGUGGCUCGAAGAUGCAAAGAAGCUUUUCCCAAGAUCCCGGUUGCAGCGCGCCUCAAUACAAUUGGUAACAUACUGUAAAACUAAUCUUAAUGUACGCGGUCUCAUCAAAGUCAUUGUAACGUUUGAAAACACUAAAUUCAACUUAGACUUGUAUCUUACUGAUGUAAACCGCCCUCCGUUAUGCGGUCGCGAAUGGAUACAUAGUUUCAUAAAAAUGCACGGCGCGCAAAGCCUAUUUACACCUAUACUACAAGUUAAUGUCAAAGAAAUUUCUAGUUUCGAUAAAAUUGCGUUUACCAAAGAAUUGUCCGUUAUAUACAAGAAUGUAGUGCGGCAAGAUUUUUCCCCUAUUAUAGGACUGGGACUUGUCUCACUAAAACUCAAACCCGACGCCAAGCCGGUGUUCUACAAGGCUCGGAACGUGCCCUUCCGCCUCGUCGAGCCAGUCGACUCAGCCCUGGAUAACUGGGAAUCUUACGACAUACUUGAACCGGUGCCCGCCUCUCUCUACGCAACUCCUAUCGUCCCAAUACUGAAGAAGGAUGGAGAUGUCCGCAUCUGUGGCGAUUACAGUGUCACCAUUAAUCCUCAACUCAUCAUCAACGACUGCCACAUGCCUACUACAGACGAAAUGUUCAUGGAUCUGGCGGGUUGUAUCUGUUUCGCCCGCAUCGACUGUUCUUGGGCCUACAUUCACAUGCCUGUCGAUGAGGCUACGGCGGACCUUCUUACCAUCAACACGCCCCGCGGAUUGUAUACGGUAAAACGUAUGUUAUUUGGUAUAGCUGCUGCGCCAGCUAUUUGGCAGGAAAGAAUGAUUUUCCUUUUCCGCUCUUUAAAAGGCGUUUGCGUCUUCCAGGAUGAUUUGAGGUUGGCUGCUAAAACUCUCCCCGAGUUAAUUGCUUUAAUUCAUGUAGUGUUAAAAAUUUUCGAUGAGCACAACAUUAAAAUUAAUCUACGUAAAUGUUCCUUCUGCGACUCGGAAAUUUGUUUUUGCGGUCACGUUAUUAAUGCUCAAGGUAUACACAAAGAUCCUGCCAAAUUCGAGGCAGUCACUAAUAUGCCCCAACCUCAAAACAUCUCUGAAUUGCGUACAUUUAUCGGCAUGGUGAUGUAUUAUAAUCGCUUCAUCAAAAAUGCAAGUACUGUACUAGCUCCGUUAUACAAUCUGUUGAAAGAAAACUCUAAUUUCUCUUGGACAAAAGAAUGUCAAGAUGCUUUCGAAUCUAUCAAACUUGCCUUUACUAAAGAUACUUGCUUGACAUUCUUUGACCCAAAGAAACCGCUUAUUCUUGCGACCGAUGCAAGUCCAGUCGGGGUCGGUGCUGUCAUUUCCCAUAGCUUCGAGGAUGGUACCGAAAGGCCUAUUCAAUUUGCUUCUCAAAAAUUAAACAAAGUUCAGCAAAAGUACAGCCAAAUCGAUCGUGAAGCCUACGCCAUUGUUUUCGGUGUUAAAAAAUUUUAUCAGUACCUAUACGGUCACAAAUUUACUCUCAUUUGCGACAACCGUCCUCUUGUACAAAUCUUCAGCCCAGAUAAACCCCUACCAGCUUACAGCGCCAUGCGCAUGCAACAUUACGCUAUUUUCCUACGCGGGUUUAUCUACGAUAUCAAGUAUCGCAGGUCGGAAUCUAACAGUAAUGCUGACUGCCUUUCGAGACUACCUCCAGCUAUGGAAGGUGACACGCCUCACACCUUAGAUGUUAUAGAAGUCUAUCACGCGCAGACCCUACAUAUAAUGUCUGUUGACGUCUUCGAUAUGCGAGAUCUUGUAAAAAAUGAUGCGAAAAUUCAAUCGGUCAUCGAAAAUUUGCGUGCUGGUAAAAAUUUAUCUCCUAAAGACACCUGGAAUGUCGACCCCAGAGAAUUCUCUGUUGAAGAUAAUCUCUUAUUCAAGUCCGAUAGAAUUGUUAUUCCAAAAAAGCUCCAACAGAGAAUUCUUGAGGAACUGCACGUCGACCAUUUCGCCAUCGUGAAAAUGAAAAGUUUAGCACGAGGCCAUUGCUGGUGGUCCAAUAUUGACAAAGAUAUCGAGAACUUGGUUCAAUCUUGCGAGUCUUGUUUGCGCAACCGAAAUAACCCAGCAAAAGUGCCUAUUCACCUGUGGGAACCUGCCACCAGACCAUUUGAGCGAAUACAUAUUGAUUUUGCAGGCCCCUUCAUGGGCGUAAUCCUGUUCAUUCUUGUAGAUGCCUACUCCAAAUGGCCAGAAAUUCGCGUUGUCAAAAACAUGUUAGCCUCAACUACCAUAGAUGUUUGUACCGAUAUUUUUGCUCAUUCCGGCUUUCCGGAAGUACUUGUUUCUGACAACGGCGGCACUUACAUUUCUUCAGAAUUCGAAUCAUUCCUAAAACUACACGGUAUUGCUCAUAAAUUCCCUGCACCCCACCAUCCCGCCUCAAAUGGUCAGGCUGAAAGGUUCGUUGAAAUGAUUAAAUUUGCUUUAAAAAAAGUCGACGAUAAAAAGAAUGUGAAUGCUAGUCUAAGGAAAAUAUUAAUCCAAUACAGAAACACACCGCAUAGCACUACCGGUAAAACUCCAGCAGAACUAUUUUUAGGGCGUAAGAUACGAUGUAAACUGGAUUUGUUGAAGCCAGUAGUAGCCAAAGAACAAGCUAUCAAUGUAAAAGCUUGUAAAUUUUCUAUAAAUCAAAGAGUACUAGUCCGUAAUUACACUAAAAAUAAUAAAUGGGUCUUCGGUAGGAUUCUAGAACACAGGGGCAAUCUGUUAUUCAAAAUUAAAUUAGACGACGGAAGAAUCUGGAUUAGGCAUGCUAAUCAAAUCUCUGCUAUAAAAGGCACCUUGCAACAAUGUAAUGACUACGACUACUUCGUACCUGAAUCGGAGCACGUUUCUCUGUAUGAAUCUAACAAUGCCUCCGCAAGCGUGCCCACGCAAACCCAACUAUUCUGCAAAGAGUGGGUGCGUCUUCUGGGAGAUGAAGAUCUUCUAAGUCUUCCACUAAAAACUCUCCAUGAGAAGAGAGCGUGCAGUUGUCAUUUUACGGACAAUGAUUAUAUUUCAGCAAGAAGAAUAAAAAUAAAAAAUACUGCUGUGCCAUCAAUUUUUGAAAAAGGUCUUGAUCCUUUAAGUGAUUCUCAAAUGGCAUCUUUUCCACCUCAAGGUGAUGUGAAACAACCUACUACUGCUGUUGUAGUUCCUGUCGAUGAACGCGGUUUAGUGAGGAGGAUAAAACCUAAAAAAUUGUUUGGCAACAUAAGCGGUGAUGAAUCAUUAAUAGCAGUAGCUGAAAGUUCUGAACAAGCCGUGGAUGAAAUAGAAUCAAGCAAAACUCCAAUGACAGCACGACGUAGAAUCUCGGAAAGUGUUACACCAGUCGCCGAAACCAAUACUUUUGUAACUCCCAUACGCAAACGAAGGCGUUCAUCAGAAUUAUCAUCUGUUUCAUCCAACACAAAGCCAUUGAAUAAAUAUGUAUAUCUUCUGCCAUUCAAUGAAAAAGCCCAAAUUAACGGCUUCAAACCUGUUCAUUUGCGACAUGUAAUUCCAAAAAAGCAAAACUCGUCACUGCCAACAUUGCACCAAGCGCUGUUGAACAAAUUGGACGGAUACCUGCAAAAUAUGGAAUCGUCUGUAGCUGAGGAAAUGCUGUUCAAAUUGGACAUGGUUUUAUCAUUGUAUAGCAAAACUUAG